AUGUCUGUACUGACACCCUUCUUCUACAUAGAUCAUCCACUAUCUGACACGAGACUGUCACCCGGCACGCUUCAAGCCGAUGUUCUUGAGGAGAUCUUCGCGCGUCUAGCUGCAAUUGACCCGCCAAAAAAGCAACACGGCGAUCCUUUCUCGGAUUCUCAGUUCCAUCUCGGAUGGAUAUACGUGACACACGUUUGCCGCCAUUGGCGCAGUGUUGGUACCGAUUUAGCCACGCUUUGGGCCGGUAUAGUCUGCAGCCUCCCCAAUGCCUCUGCAAUGGGGACCGUUCUGCAAAGAUCCAAAGGGUGUACACUCAACUUCGCUAUCGAGGACGUUGGCGCUCUCGAGGCCAAGAUCGGGUUUGCGUUGGACCACCUUGAGCGAGCGCAGAACUUCUCAUGCACGUCUUCAUACGUCUGGGACGACUGCCGCGCACUUACUCAGCGCUCACUUCCCGCACUGCGGCAUCUCUCCCUGAGCCAAAACAUUGAAGGGAUGGAUAUGAGUAUUACGAGGACUAUAGGUCUAGAUGCGCCUCGUCUUCAGUCGUUGAGCUUGGAGAACGCAUUCUUCUCCCUUGCCAGACCAUCCGAUCCCCUUCACGAUCUUCACACACUGGAUCUACGUGGGCCCUGCGCGCUGCCUCAUCCCGCAUGGGGACUUCUCGAAGUCUUGUCGAAGACUCCCCGGCUCGAACAUCUGCGCUUCCAGAUGCUCUUAUUUCACCAUUCGCAGGGUGGCCUCUGGCGAGAGUACCCUGGCGGAGUGGUCAAACUCAAUCAUUUGAAGGCAGUCGCGCUCACCGGUGGCCCACAUGCGGACAUAGCUGGGUUCUGGAGUCGCAUUUACGCCCCAGAUAACAUAGACAUCUAUGUCAACUUUCGAGCAGACCCGCCCGGGGAUCUUGUGAUUGCGCUUGAUCAUCAACUACAAUGCCCAUCGCACAACACCGUCGUGGUGAAUCUCGCUCGCUCGCGGCACCUAUCGGUCUCUACAUUCACGCUUGAGCCUGUGGCUCGUAGCCGGGUCAUACUCGACGGAGGCGGAGGCGCAACGCUCGCGCUUCUUGCGGAUAUCGACAGUCACGUACGACUGGGGCACAUAAUCCGCUUGAGCGUACAGCUGUAUGCGCCUUACACGUGGGAUGAUGCGCCUCUACUCGUCCUUGCGCGGAAGUGCUCCUCCGUUCGGGAGCUUACGCUUCAUACCGACAACGCUGACAAUCUCGCCCUCCUCGCGCCCGUCGACGAACAGGCGUCGCCGCUUUUUCCAUUGCUCGAGUCGUUGUCGGUUCAGUUCGACCCGAGUGCACUCAAAUCGGACGAAGUGUAUCGGCAGUGGUGGUCCAGGUUGCGCGACGUUCUUUCACGGAGAUCUGCAGCCGAGAUCUGUGUACAGACCCUACGACUUCAUGGGCGCUGGGGCUGGAGAGACGCGGGCAUCGAAGUGAUAGACGAGGAGAUGAUGGUGGACUUGCGCAACUUGGCGCUGGUGAAGAAGGUGGUUGAUGACCGCGUGUGGUGA